GAAGAGCGUGUUUCAGCGAGGAAACGCAGUUUGCAGGAGGAGAGAGGAGAGGCUGCACGUUUAUUUUCUCCCGAUCAGUUUUACGCACGCACGCCGGAGCUGCCUCAUCCAGGAGAUCUUGUGUUAUCUUUUGCGCAAGAACGAACCGUUAUCGGGACAGUAUGUUAAGAGGGAAAUCCAUGGGAUUUUGUUUCUUUUUUAAUAAUUUUACCAACUAGUUGCGCAAUUUGGGAAAGACAGCCAGAGCAAAAGAUUUGGGGGGUUUAUCGAAAGGAGGAGGAACCACUCUAGUUACUUUUUUCAGAUUUUGUCAAACUCAAUGGUUGCAUUUGUUCCUGGUGUUUUCAACCGGUGAUUUCCACUUUGUUUGAAAUUUAUGAUUUUGUCAACGACUGUGUCGGCAAGGUUUUAUUCCCACGCGCGUUUUUACUGACAGGGGGACACAGUGCAGCCGGCUGCGCUCACCGCAAUGGAUUGUGAGGCUUUAAAAUGUGUUUACAAUAGAAAUUGAUUUCAGAUCAAUUUGCGCAGUUGUUUUUUUCCAAAAGAAGAAGCACACACUCACAAAGCUUGUACAAAUACUGUACAAAUACUGUUCAACCAGCGCAAUAUAUUCUUGGAGAGCCCUGCGAACGCAACCCGACAUUUGUGGUGGAUUUGGGGCACUAUUUGUGUUGCGCUUCAAAUAAAUAAAGAACUGGAAAAGGGGACUUUGGACUCGAGCUUUGUGUCAGAUAUACUGAAUAAAACCACAGAGGAGGAGAAGAGGUGGUUUUCCACAUCCGAGGGGAAAAGAUGGAUUUAUUCGUAUGGCUUUGUGGAUGUUUACUGGCCUUUAUUUUGCCUUCAGCAGUAAAAGCAGAGGAAGGAGCGUCUGAACCAUGCGGUGGCAAUUUAGAUGCCAGUGAUGCUGGCUACAUCACCACCCCGGGCUACCCGCUGGAGUACCCACCUCACCAGAACUGCCGCUGGAUCAUCACAGCCCCCGAGCCUUCACAACGCAUCGUCCUCAACUUCAACCCGCACUUUGAGAUAGAGAAGCUGGACUGCAGGUAUGACUAUGUAGAGAUCCAUGAUGGGCCCUCAGAGACGGCUGACCUACUGGGGAAGCACUGCAGCAACAUCGCCCCUGCACCAAUCAUAUCGUCAGGGCCCUCGCUCCACAUCAAGUUCGUAUCGGACUACGCCCACCAGGGGGCGGGCUUCUCUCUGCGCUACGAAAUCUUCAAAACAGGUUCAGACUGUUCCCGUAACUUUACAAGUCCCUCGGGUCUCGUUGAGUCCCCGGGCUUCCCCGACAAAUACCCCCACAACCUGGAGUGCUCCUUCAUCAUCAUUGUCCCCCCCAGCAUGGAUGUCACCAUCACCUUCCUCACCUUUGACCUGGAGAACGACCCCCUGCCGGGUGGGGAGGGGGACUGCAAGUACGACUGGCUGGAAGUGUGGGACGGGCUCCCAGGAGUGGGCCCUCUGAUUGGUCGAUACUGCGGGACCAGGGUGCCUCCUGAGAUCCAAUCAUCUACUGGGAUUCUCUCUCUGUCUUUCCACACUGACAUGGCUGUGGCUAAAGAUGGCUUCUCAGCUCGAUAUAACAUGACCCACAAGGAAGUCAGUGAGACUUUCCACUGUAGUAAUGCAUUCGGUCUGGAGUCAGGAAAGAUCACGGAUGACCAGAUCACUGCUUCGUCCAGUUUCUACGAUGGACACUGGCUGCCACGUCAGGCCAGGCUUAAUUACAAUGACAACGGAUGGACACCCAACGAAGACAGCAACAGGGAGUACAUACAGGUGGACCUCCAUACUUUGAAGGUGCUUACAGGCAUCGCCACCCAGGGCGCCAUUUCGAAGGAAACUCAAAAGGCUUACCAUGUCACCACUUUCAAGCUGGAGGUCAGCACCAAUGGAGAGGACUGGAUGGUCUACAGACAUGGCAAGAAUCAUAAGGUUUUCCAUGCCAAUGCUGACGCUACGGAGGUGGUUCUCAAUCGGAUCCCUCAGCCAGUCCUGGCCCGCUUCGUGCGAAUCAAACCUCAGACGUGGAAAAACGGCAUUGCUCUGCGGUUCGAGCUUUACGGCUGUCAGAUUACAGAUGCCCCCUGCUCAGAGCUGCAAGGAAUGUUGUCUGGGCUGAUCCCCGACUCUCAGAUUUCUGCGUCGUCCAUGAGAGACAUCCACGGUUCCAUGGGGUCAGCCAGGCUGGUGGCCAGUCGGUCAGGCUGGUUUCCCAACCCGACACAGCCUGUAGCUGGAGAAGAGUGGCUACAGGCGGACCUUGGUGUGCCCAAGAUGGUGCGUGGCAUUAUUACCCAGGGUGCAAGAGGGCUGGAGGGCAGCACCAGUGCUGAGAACAGAGCGUUUGUCAGGAAGUACAAACUGGCCCACAGCUUGACCGGCAAAGACUGGACUUACAUCACUGACAGCAAGACUGGGUUUGCUAAGAUUUUCGAGGGGAAUGGCCACUACGAUACUCCAGAGGUGCGGAGGUUUGAUGAGAUAGUGGCCCAGUACAUCAGAGUCUUUCCGGAGAGGUGGUCGCCCGCUGGGAUCGGCAUGAGGAUGGAGGUCCUCGGCUGUGACCUGCCUGAAACCACCACUGUACCUGACACCAUGACCCCCACCCUGCCCAGACAAGAACAAACGACUGCUGCAAUGAGACCCGCCACCACUCCGUCCCUGUCGGCUGUAUGUGACUUUGAGCAGAGCUUGUGCGGCUGGUCGGCUGAUCCCCAGUCAGGUGUGAGCUGGUCCCUGCACACAGCCAGCAGCAGUUCAACUGGACACGGCACGCAUGGAACGAGGCAGGAUUUGGCGCUGGGAUCAGACAAUUUUUCGGGGAACUACCUCCACCUGGAUGCGGGUGCACACACCCAGCGCAAGCGAGCCCGGCUGCUGAGCCCUGAGGUGGGGCCGGAGCUAGGCCCGCUCUGCCUCCUCUUCUACUACCAGCUCCAGGGGGAGGCACAGGGGAGCCUGAGGGUCCUGCUGAAAGACAGUGACCAAGAGGAGACGCUGCUAUGGGCUUUAAAAGGAGACCAGGGGUCUCACUGGAGGGAGGGCCGCACUAUCCUGCCUCAAAGCCCCAAGGAGUAUCAGGUGGUGUUCGAGGGUUUUUUUGAUCACCCGACCAGAGGCCACAUCAGAAUAGAUAACAUCCACAUGAGCAACAGCAUGGAGCUGGAGCAGUGUACUCAGCCUUUCCCCGCCUUAACACCCGGCAUAACCAGGGGUGCCAUGUCUGGGAUGGAGCCCACAGUAGACACAGUGGCGGUGCAGCCCAUCCCUGCCUACUGGUACUAUGUGUUGGCGGGAGGCGGUGCCCUCUUGCUGCUGGUCACUGUAACCGUGGUGGUGAUACUGUGCUGCCAUCGGUACCACUGGGCGACCAAGAAGACCAGCGGUAGUCAUCAUCAUUCAGUGACUUACCACACCAGCCAGCACCCAAAUCAGCAAGGUCACCAAAACUGCUACCAGAACCAAAACCUCAGCCAUAAUCUGAUCCACAGCCCCAACCAAAGCCACCUGUACCCAGGUACCGGGCAGUGUCUUGAGCCCAUGCUCACCAUCAGACUGGAGAAAGACGACAGCCACGAUUCCCAGUGCUGAAAACAACAGGAACACAUGUGAAUGAUACAUUGAGACAUUUUAUUAGAAUGCUUUGCUCAAAUAAAGCGAUCAAAGGGUGUGAAAACUCCCUGGUAUAAAUUGUCAACAACAGUAUUCAGCAUCAUCGCCACUCUUCACUGAUGAGAAUCUACAUGGAAGAGACACUGCAGUUCCUGUUGCUGAUGACUGAUCUAAUUACCAGAAUGCACCUUUGCUAAAAUUCCUUGUUGGCUGUAACUGGCAGAACAAACUCCUGACAUUACAUAAUAUCCCUCACUGGGGAGUUGCCAAUUCUGAUGGCCGAUGAGGGCCUGAUAAUAACAUUAGAGUGCAACAUUUUUUGAUGUACUGAAGAGCGAAAUGGCAUCUACAGCUGCACACCAACUUGAAAAUGAAACGGAGUAUGAUCAGAAUGACAAGUACAUCACAGGUAGACUGCCUAACAGACUGUGGACAAAACAUAUGUACACACGCUGUACAAUGUCAGUGUUGUAACAGCUUAUUUUCUUCUUCUAUAAAUGUCAGAGCAGGAUAUUUCUGCUUGGACACUGCCUGCCUCCAAAUACCCGGUCCGACAGAGAAGGGAUUUUCACACAGGGAGAUAGAAGUCACAAUGUGUGCUGCAUAAAAAGAGAAGGUUAUUUCUUUUGGUCUGAAUGAAGCUGCUGUUUAUUUGUCCACUAGCCUUUUGCCAGCCUGAAAUUGACAGAGACAGAUUAGGUAGCAUAAAAGGAAGAGGUAUAGGACGAAUUAGUGCUGCCUGUCGAGCCGUGACAGAUAGACAGCUACACACCCACCGUGGGUGGCUCCUUUGGUCUGUGAACGAGGAAUCAGUGUUGUGCUGUUGUCUGUCUGGUUUACACGAGAGGAAAGAUAGGAUGAGACAGCUUCCACCGCAUCCGGCAGACCCAGAAACAAACACACUCUCUGCAACAAAACACACAAAGGCUCAAAACUCUCAAAUGCACGGACACUUCAAAACUUUUCACCUGCUAAUAAGUGAGUCUUGUGAUGUGUUGACCUGAGUGCAUUUUUCAUUACUGAUAUGCCUUUUUAAAAAAUGUGCUUUAAAACUAUUACCUCUUCACCUCCAGAACGAGGUAGUGCCUCAGAGUAUGAUUUUUGUUUUCUUUGCCUGGAUCUCAAGGACAAUCCAAUGCCUGUGUCUGCUAUGUUUAAACUAAACAUCUUUGUAUGUCCUGCACACAUUAGACUGGGUGAAUGAAACAAAUCCAAAAUCAUAUCAAGUAUUGAGCAUCUAAAGCUGCAGUUUAGUCUGUGCAAGUUAAAAUCUUUAGGUCUGUUAUCCCGGAUGACAAAUGAAUCUUCUGUGAAAUUCAGAAUGUUUUGCAUACGAGCCUGGUAACCUGAGAAUGUGGUCCAUGUGGCUGCGAAAUUGUCAGUUUUGCUCUGUUCAACAGGUGAGACCAAACCUAUGCUAUGAGAAAGAGUUUCGUACAUAUGAAGCCUUUUAGAAAACCACUGAUCCAAGAUAACUGGUCAGUUCCUUUGAUCAUUUCAUUCACAGUGAUCUGUCAAGCAAGACUGAUUCCAAUGCAGCAGUACUGUCACACCUCUCACACACCUUUCUUGAUUCUUGAUGGGUUUUUUUAGCCAUCUGUUUAACCGUGUGUGUGUUAGCAUUCAUUUCACAUUUUCCCUCGCAUGAGUAUGUAUGAGUUUGCAUCAAAAUGAACCAGACAAAUGUGGCAUGAUUUUUAAGUAUGGUCACACUUUAUUUUGCAAUGUUGAGCGUAACAUUAGCACUUUUCUGCUUCUUAAUUAUUUAUUGAAGGCUCUGAUGAUUUAUGACAAUUUCUUACAUUUACUGUGAAUCUUAAUAUAAAAGAUAAGUUGAGUAGUGUACUGUUUGUGAAUUAAGAACCUUUUUUUCUUUGUAAUCACACGUUACAGUUGGCCUACAUGUACUUCUGAUGUAUGAUAGCUAUACGAUGUUUAUUUUUUAUACACACUGGCUAUUGUUUUAAGGCAACGGUUGUGAAUUGUGUUCGCUGAAAUGAUCUUAACUUUUCUUGACUAUCAUUUGAUGUCAAAUCCUUAAGUUGAAGCCAUUUUGCAAGAACAAAUGUCUGUCCCUCAUUUAAGGCAUUCAGCUUCAAGUUUAAAUCAGAUGGGGACAUGAAACGCAAAUGCAAAUCAGUAUGUUAGGGGGAAAUUAUUCAGAUGAUAUCAAAACUAAAAACAAAGUUGGUUUUGGAUUGAGAAGCCUGGUAUCCACUUCCACACACAUCGUCACAUCCACGCCUGUGAAGUUGGGCACACUACUAUGGUCUCUUCUUGUGUUACCCCCCCUACAUCAUUUUGUUCAUGCUCAAAUCCCCCAGCCUUUUUAUCAAAACCCGCUUGUUCCUGUUCUACUCCUUCCCUUCAUCACAAAUCCUCCCAGUGAAAACACAGGAGAGAAAAUGAGAGGCAGAAAUGGAGGAGAGCAAAAUCUCUCAGAGGAGAAGGGCCCAUUAAGCGACCCCCCUUUCCCUCCAAAGAAUGCGCCCAGAGAUGGAGGAAGAUGAAAGAAGUAAAAAAAGUUAAAAAAAACUGCUCUCUAUACUUUCUAAAGAUAGAUUUUUCUCUUACUCCAAGAGGAAGGCUAACAGGGAGGCAGGUUGGGGUUUGGAUUGAAGGAGGGAGAGGAUUGAAGGAGGAGGGCAGGUUGUUUCAAACACAAAAGCAGAUGAAAGAAGUCUUUUGGCAGAAUAGACAGCCUGGUGGAAACACACAUUAUGCGCACACAGUCGCACAUACACCAUCUAACAAACACAAGCCUGCGUUAGCAAAGAAUCCAGAUUUCCAGAUAACAAAUGUCAUUUAAAUUAUUGUUUCAUGCAUGUUCACAAAGCCUAUCUGCUCUCAGCUCUCCAUAUUGACUUUAUUUCAUCAAAUUGUGUCUCAUAAAAUGUGUAUUUGUGCUUUAGUCAACAAGUAUUAUAGUGAUUUUCUGCUCGCAUAUCCAUCCCCUCUCCCUUCCAUUUCAAUCGACUUGUGUAUGAUUUACACAUUAUAUGACCCAUUCUAGCAGCCCUGCACUGUAACCCAAUCAAUGUGGGUCCAAAAUUCAAAGAGAGGAAUGAUAUAUGACUGUAUUUAUGUUGUGCUACCCACGCACUUUUCUCUUUCAUUCUCUCUCUCUUUAUCAAACUUUUUGCAAGAUUUGGAAAAUGUGCUGGCAUCCUGUCACGCAGCGCUUUUAAAUCAACCUUCCCUCACUUUCCUCUCCCUUCUCCAUCACAGACUACUUUGAAGGCCUUUAAUAUUUCUAAUUAGGUAAUGGAGCUGAUUGCAUUCAUAAAACCCUGUGGUAAGCAUUUCUGGCCCUCAGGCCAUCUCUGUUUUUUUUCUCUCUCUCUCUCUCCCUCCGUCUCCUUCUCCGCUGUUUCCUGGAGAAAUAUUACGAGUGAAAGCACUCUAACAGGUCCUCAAGCCCCCACUGGAACAGCGUAUGGUGCCAAAGAGCCAUCCAUGUCUUUGCCUGAAUAAUAAAAAAGCCCUCUUUUUAAUUCUUCUCUUUACUAAUUGGAGAGUGGAGACAAAAUGGGGCUACUGGGAGUUUUAAUCUCCUUUCAGAUCCGCGUGAUGAUUCUUCUCAGGAUCCUAGCCUGAGGGCUUUAAGCCAGGAUCAUUAGAAAGUGCUCAACAGUCGUCCAAAGAGUGUCCAAGCAUCUCUCUUUUUAUAUCCUGCUUCUUUUGCUAUCCCUCUGAUAGCAAAAGAAGAAGUGAUUUAAUGUUUUGUCAGGGCCCGUAGUGGUUUCGAGUUGACUGUGAGAAAGGAGAGUUUAGAGCCUGGAGGGUCUGAUGGGAGACAUUUACACAAUCAGAAGACAGAAGGGAAGACUGAUGAUUAGACGCUUUCAUGUGCAUGUACUAAGUGUAGUUUUACAUUACCGGUACAUUUCAGUAAGACCUCAGUAGUGUAUUAUUAUAAUUUACAGCGUGACUACUGGGAUCGGCCACAUUUAGCUUAGCAGGUAUUUAUUGUUUCAGGGCUAACUGCCUAUUCUGCACGUUAGCAUUUUGAUUUACAUUGAAAAGCAUGACAGGAUUGUUUUAUUUAGUUGAUACUUCUGCCAACAUUAUUUGAAGUCAAUUUCGUAAUCUGCAGGCCACUCCUGGAGUUUUCCAAGCUUGCAUGCUUUGAGAUGUCUGUCCAGUUGGUCAGAUAUGUUUUGGAUUUCACUCCUUAGUUCUCAUUUGUCACUUUUAUCGCCCUCAUUUCAGGGAUGUGACAUCACACACUUUAGGGGUAAAGAAUGUGGUUACAUGUUAUGUUUUAGGAAAAUCUACCUUGAUGGUGUCAUUUUUAUCAAAUGAAUCAAUGUUGCUGUUAUUCUUUGAUUUCUUGUUCUAAUAAGUGAGGGUUUUUUAUUAAUCAAAAAAUGAUUUAAUAUUAUGUAAAUCUGUCAGAAGCAGCAAAGACUGAUCAUUCUGACAUACGGCAAGGGAUGAACUUGAAUUAGUUGUAAUUCAGACUCACUCAGACUGAACAAAUCCAGUCUUGAGGUGGUAAACUGCCUGGCUUCAGCCACAUCACUGUUAUAUUUACCCCUGUGCACUUUCUCUGCCUUUGUGAAGGAAAGACCUCGACUUUAUGAUUGUCUUUUUGUCUUGCGCUGGAUUUCUCUCUCUUGCACUUCAAGCAAAUUAAAUAUUGAGAAACAUAUACACUCCAUUUAGCAUAGGAUUUGUUGGUUGCUGUAAUAUUUGAAUUGAGACCAUUUGUUUUGUUUAUUCUCUAAUUGGGUUUGGAAGUCAAUUCUGGGUCAAUUUUAGACAAUUAAAAAUGUGAUUGAGUCACUUUUUUAAUUUGAAGGAAAUUGCCUCAUAUUUAAUCCAUGAGAAAAUACGAUGAUAUUUGUAUAGUGAUAGCAAGUUUCAUUUAAAAGUAUUAAUCUCUUAUUAUUGUUUACAGACUGAAGAGUAUUGGAAGUUUGUAAAGACUGUUUUGAGAUGCUAUAAUCUGGAUGCCACAUGUUAAAAUUAUCUCAUAGAAAAAUGACCUUAUCUAACAAAGGAAAUGAGGCUCCGUAUCUUUUUUCAUAUCUGCUAAAUUAGUUUUUCACCUCUUGUCUUUUGAAUAUCUAUUACGAUUUCACUUUAUAAUGUGUUUUUGGUUCCUUUGCCCCAGCAAUAAAUGAUUAUCAGCUGCCCAGAUAUUGCUCUAUUUUUUUCUGAGGAUUGUAAUAUCAAUUUCCUUGAAUAGCACUGAAUUGAAGCAGAAUUGAGCUUCCAAACCCUUCAAAGCCUUGCACUUCGGCCUGCCUCAGAAAUAUAAUGUGGUAUUUUAGCUUGUUGAAUUUCAUGGUCUUGGAAUAGAAGAGAAAAUAUAUUGCAGGGAAUGUGAAGGUAAUAAAAGUGAUAUUUUUCUAUGAAA